AUGUCGAUAAUAACUAGCAACAUAAUAUAUGACUUGGUGGGGUUAGUUAUUGUUAUUACUGCUCUUACUAUAGUUAUACUUUACUACAAACGGGCGUUCAACUAUUGGAAAAACAGGAAUGUUCCUUAUUUGGAAGCGACAAUUCCGUGGGGAACUCUUGCUGCUCCACAUAGAAGAAUUGUGUCGCUUGGCGAGGAAAUCACCAAUAUUUACAAAGAAGCUAAAAUUAAAGGAUGGAAACACUUCGGAUUUUAUAUUUUAGGUUCCCCCAUAUUCAUGACCACUGACUUAGAUACCAUAAAAUGUAUAUUAACUAAAGAUUUUAGUCACUUUGUUGAUCGAGGAAUCAACGUAAAUGAAAAGGCUGAACCUAUAACUGCUCAUUUAUUUGCGAUUGGCGGUAAGAAAUGGAGAAACUUGCGAACUAAAUUUACACCAACGUUCACUUCAGGGAAAAUGAGGAACAUGUUUCAAACCCUAACAGACUGCGGCGUUAAACUGGAGCAAUAUAUUUUAAAAGAAGUAUCGUACCAUGAACCUUUUGAUAUUAAAAAUAUACUUGGAAAUUUUUCUACAGAUAUCAUUGGAUCAUGUGCAUUUGGAUUAGAAUGCAACAGUUUUAAAGACCCAAAUAACCCAUUUCGUUUGAUGGGUAAUCGAAUUUUUAAUAGAACGAAAUUGGAAAACUUAAAAUUUACAAUAACUAUGAAUUUUCCUAGUUUGGCGCGGUUACUUAGAUUUAAACAGUUGGACCCUACUCUUACGGAAUUUUUCACUAAAGUAGUAGUCGAUAGUGUGAAAUAUCGAGAAAAAAAUAAUGUCCAGAGACAAGAUUUUCUACAAUUAUUAAUAGAUAUGAAGAAUAAUAAGGAUGGAAGUGAACAACCAGGUGACGGAAAUACCUUGACAAUAGACGAAAUGGUUGCUCAAUGUUUUGUAUUUUUCAUAGCUGGUUUUGAAACCAGUUCGACUACUAUGACUUUUGUUUUAUAUGAACUCAGCAAACAUCCAAAGAUCCAAGAAAAAGUUAGAGAAGAAAUAGUUUGUAUUUUAAAAAAACAUAACGGAGCUGUAACUUAUGAUUCUUUAAGCGAAAUGAAAUAUCUACGACAAGUUAUUGAUGAAACUCUUAGAAAAUAUCCAGCAUUACCAUUUAUUACUCGAAAAUGUGUAGAAGAUUAUGUGGUUCCAGGAACAAAUGUAAAAAUUGAGAAGAGUGUGCGUGUAUUUAUUCCAAUUAGAGGUAUCCAUUAUGAUCAAGACUAUUACGAAAACCCAGAAGUAUUUGAUCCAGAACGAUUUACGGAUGAAAAUAAACAGAACAGAAACUCUUACGCUUUUAUUCCGUUCGGUGAAGGACCCAGAAUUUGUAUAGGAAUGAGAUUUGGAAUAAUGCAAUCUAAAGUUGGUUUGGUAAGCAUUCUGAAAAAUUUCAAGGUUACUUUGAACAAAAAAACGAAAGAGCCCUUGGUGUUCUCAACUAAUAGCAUUAUACCUCAAGUGAAAGGAGGCGUUUGGUUGAAUCUGGAGAAGAUUUAA